CAGUUAAUCGCGACAUCUUGGAAUAGGUCCGUCCCAAUACGAACAGCUCUGUUUAAUCGCUAAUUUCCACAGUAUUCAGCACAUCUGUGUUGGUGAAUCUUUUGGCAAUUUGUUCAAUGAACAAUGGCGACUGCAAAAAAGAGAAUUGUUGGGAAGCGGUGUGCUGCUGCGGGAUGUGGCAACACAAACUUCAACACAACCGGUGUUUCGUUGUUUUUAUUCCCAAAAGAUGACGGCCAAGCUUUACUAUGGAACAAAGAAGUCAAGCGAACGCGGUCGAAUUGGAGGACACAUACAAAGUACAGUGUAUUGUGCAGCGAACAUUUCGAAAGGUCGUGUUUCGAAGAGGGUCGCAUGCUGAUGGCAGACAUGGGAAUCAGCAAUCGUCGACUCGUGCUGAAGAAAGGUGCGAAGCCAACUAUUUUCAAUAAACCACGGUCAGGCUUAAGGCCAGGUUCGGAGCACCGCACAGCCUCCACAAGUGGACAGACUGUGCGCAUGAGGUCUGCAUUUGCCAAAAGGGAAAGGAAGAGGAUAAUAGAUGAGAUCCUGGCCAGUACGACUACGGCAUCAGUGGCGGAUGAACCAAUGGCAAAGGCACUAGAUUUGCCUGAUGAGGAGGGCGAUCAAGAUCAGGGAAAUACAAGAGAAAAAGGAUGCCAGACGGACUGGGUACCGAUUGGGACAGCACCAACGGCAAUGACCAGUAGCAAGAGCACCCAAACAGAGAGUGUGGGGUUGCCCAUUGAGGCAGUGGUGCUGCUGCCCCCUCCACAUCCCACCCCACAGAUUGUAAAUAAUUCAAUGUAUAUACUCUGGUGAUGAACUUGUGUGAUGACUGUAUUAUGAUGAUAGUAUAUAUGAUAGUAUAUAUCUGUAUCAUGAAUCAACUUAAGUGGACCCCGACUUAAACAAGUUGAAAAACUUAUUGGGGUGUUACCAUUUAGUGGUCAAUUGUACGGAAUAUGUACUGUACUGUGCAAUCUACUAAUAAAAGUCUCAAUCAAUCAAUCAAUGUCAUUUCCAUCAUCACUAGUGGUAAUGGUGUGGCUAUGUAUGUGUGUAGUGUGCAUAUAUAUUUAUAAUUGAUGUAUAUACAAGUUCAUUAAGUUUGUACAAAGAGUGAACAGGUAGUUGUAGCUCAGAGUAAUUUAUGAUUUAAGGCAGGGGUCCCCAAACUUUUUGACUCGGGGGCCGCAUUGGGUUAAAAAAAUUAGGCCGGGGGCCAGGCUGUAUAUAUUUAUAUCUAUAUAUACACUACCGUUCAAAAGUUUGGGGUCACAUUGAAAUGUCCUUAUUUUUGAAGGAAAAGCACUGUACUUUUCAAUGAAGAUAACUUUAAACUAGUCUUAACUUGAAAGAAAUACACUCUAUACCAGGGGUCACCAACGCGGUGCCCGCGGGCACCAGGUAGCCCGUAAGGACCAGAUGAGUAGCCCGCUGGCCUGUUCUAAAAAUAGCUCAAAUAGCAGCACUUACCAGUGAGCUGCCUCUAUUUUUUAAAUUGUAUUUAUUUACUAGCAAGCUGGUCUCGCUUUGCCCGACAUUUUUAAUUCUAAGAGAGACAAAACUCAAAUAGAAUUUGAAAAUCCAAGAAAAUAUUUUAAAGACUUGGUCUUCACUUGUUUAAAUAAAUUCAUUUUUUUUUACUUUGCUUCUUAUAACUUUCAGAAAGACAAUUUUAGAGAAAAAAUACAACCUUAAAAAUGAUUUUUAAACACAUA